ACAUCCCUACGCCUUCGAAUAUCGCCGUCUGGCUAUUGCAUCGGCACCAUGACAGCGACCGUAUCAGUCACCGCACAGAAACGUGCCUUUGAUGAAAUAGACGAUGACAGAACGUUGAAGCACCGCAGGGUGGGCAAUGUUCCGAAUCUGCAGCAUCAGCUUCUUCUACACAAGAAGGCUCAGCCAUUUGAACUGCAUCGGGCUGGAGAUGUUCCCGUCGCAAAGCCUGGCGAAGUCCUUAUAGAAAUACAAGCAGUUGGACUGAAUCCCAUAGAUUGGAAGAGCGCGUUAUAUGGUUUCGCGAUACCCGCAUUCCCCUGUAUCAGUGGACGCGAGUUUGCAGGGACCGUGGUAUACGCAAAUGGCAAGAAUGAUUCUGGAAUAGUAGUUGGAGACCGUGUGCUGUCAAUAGCCACCGACUAUCGCGACUUUCGAAAGUCUGCCUUCCAGCAAUACGCAGUCUCGACUGCAUUCAACGCUGUCAAGAUCCCAAGACAUGUCGACCUCGCACAUACCACAUCUCUCGGCGUCGCAUUCGUCGCAGCUGCACUCGCGCUUGGGGUAUGCCUCGGUGUUAACUUCGCAGGCCCAGUGACUGAGAGGUCCCUCUUGAAGACAGCCCAGAAUCAAGAUCCUGAGACUUUGCCCAAAGACGUACGAGACGAAGUUCUGAACGCAAUUUCCCCUAGCCACACGCCAUAUGCAGGAGAUUGGAUUCUGAUAUACGGAGCUUCCUCGAUCACAGGGCAGAUCUGCAUACAGCUAUGCAAACUAAGCAACCUAAGAGUCAUCGCCGUAGCAAACGAGUCUCGUCAUGGCGAGAGACUCCGGGCUCUAGGGGCCGAUCUAAUCGUGGACCGCGAAGACUUGGACAAGGCAGCAACGCAAAUCCGCGAGUCCGUACCAGGCUCCUUACGCUUUGCGAUAGACUGCGUAGGCAAAGAGACAGCUGCGUGGUGUCAAGACCUUCUGGCGGGUCAAAGUGCUCUCCCAGCAGCAGAGCUUCGCCGUAGAUCGGAGGACCGUGGCAGCGAUCCAAGCAACCAAGGCUAUUUAAUGUGCCAUCUGGUCGGCCUGACAGGUUUGCCGAAGGAACAGGCGGCUAGUGUCAGACAACACCAGGUGCCCAUCAAGCUCUUCCAUGAGAAUCACGCCCUGGGACGGGAAAUGAGCUCAUGGUUGACCGAGCUACUGGGACAAGGCCUCUUACAACUACCGGAGGUCGAAUUGUUGAAGGGAGGACUUGGGUCCAUUAAUGCGGGGUUGGACAGAUUGAAGAGCGGCGCCUUGUCGGGAAAGCGAUUAGUUGUGGAGCUCGACCACAUGCUCGAGAGCAAGUUGGCUGUUUGGCCUCCAGAAGACGGCGGCUUCUGUUGGUGUUGAAGCUUGCAGUCGAAGUGUCCUGGACAAAUGAUGUCGUCGUCUUCGUCGUCGUCGUCGUAGAGGUUCGCACUAGCAUAGCGUAUUAGACAGUUUCAGGGAGACUUGGGCUUACCAAGAUCCAACCAAUGAGAUUGGCAUCCAGCAAAGUUACACGUCUAGCGCGAGUCAACGGACCUGAUCGCGCCAUACACAUGACAAUUGCAACACUGCUCUGGUGUUUGAAUGGUGCUGGCGAUCAGCUGUG